AUGGUGUCUACCAAGUUUUCCACCCUCUUCCUUGUGUUGUCUGUGCUUGCAUGUGCAGAGCAAGCCGCCGCACUUCCUAUUGGCUAUGGUCGUAACAUCCAGAUUGUGCAAAGACGAAUGGUGCCUCCCGACCAGACGGAGGCGAUGUACAGUUCAUUGAUGAGUGGUGGACCACCACCGCCACCUGACAAUCUGUCCCCGUCCCCACUCACCGGCGCCCUCCCAGAACCACUGCCUGAGAAUUGUGAUGACAAUCCGAACGCAAACUCUACCACCACAGCGCCUGGAGGAUCCCCCGAUAAGGUUCCUCCCCCGAAUGCAGGCGCCCCGCCUGAAGAGGACUGUGAUGAUGAUGAUGGCUCGGGCUCGGGUGUCUCGCCACCGCCUGAAGGGUCCCCAGACAACAAACCUCCCCUUCCGCCGUCGAACACUGACGCCCCACCACCCGACGGUGAUGAUUGCGACGAAGGCGAUUCGAACGCAAGCGGCGGUGCGCCGCCCGGCUCUCCGCCAGACAAGCAAAGUCCCCCACCCCCGCCGUCUAACGGUGAAGAUUGUGACGAAGGCGAUUCAAACUCAAGCGGCGGCGGGCCGCCCGACUCCACUCCAGGGAACAUGCCUGCCCCGAAUACAGACUCACCACCGCCCCAGGGAUCUCCGGACAAUAUCCCUCCUCCACCUCCCCCAAAUACGGAUGCUCCGCCUGAGGAAGACUGCGAUGACGAGGAAGACUUGCCUGAAUGUCCUCCGGAUGAUAUACCACCACCAGACGCCCAAACUCCUCCCAUGGCUCCAGGUAUGGGUGAUGCCCCUCCGGGAGCACCUACCCAGAAUCCCGAUGGGGGGAUGAACAGCACGGAGCCUUGCCCAUGCGCAGUAAAUUCCCCACCAAACGCACCUCCUCAAGGUCCUCCACCCGACGGUACGAAUGGCUCAGGAGAUCCAUCGGACGGGCAAGGCCCCCCUAUGCCUCCUAUGCCCCCUGUCGGUGAUAAUGUCCCGCCUUGUCGCAACGGAAACGGGACACAGGUGCCACCACCCGAGGGUACUACUGGGAAUAUGGGAGACGGGUCAGAUGGAGGAGACACAAGCACCCCUCCCGCGCCCCCACCCACAGAUGGAAGCGGAAAUGACUCAAACGCACAACGUAGAUGGAUGCAGAAGGACUGGUGA